AUGAGCUGGGCGUUCCUGACGAAGUUGCUGGAGGCUGUGACCCAGCAUUCCACCCUGGUGGGGAAACUCUGGCUGUCCGUGCUGGUUGUGUUCCGCCUGGUGCUGCUGGCCGUGGGCGGGGAGGCCAUUUACCGGGAUGAGCUAAGUGGUUUCUCCUGCAACACAGCUCAGCCGGGCUGCGAGAACGUCUGCUACGACGCCUUCGCGCCCCUCUCCCACGUUCGCUUCUGGGUGUUCCAGAUCAUCCUGGUCACUGCGCCCACUGUGUUCUACCUGGGCUAUGCCGUGCACCAUCUCUCCCGGCGCCAGACGACCCAGAAGCAAGAGGAGGAAGAGGAGGAGCCCAUGAUCCAAGAGAAGCCCCAGAAGUCCCCCGAUGAUGGAGCCCACGAUGGUCGCGGGAGGAUCCGCAGAGACGGGCUCCUGGGGGCCUAUGUGGGGCAGUUGCUGGUGAGGUCUGCCUUAGAGGUGGGCUUCCUACUGGGCCAGUACCUGCUCUAUGGCCUGGAGGUGCCUCCUUUCUACGUCUGCCGACGCAGCCCUUGCCCCCACACUGUGGACUGCUUUGUAUCUCGUCCCACGGAGAAGACCAUCUUCCUGUUGGUCAUGUAUGCAGUCAGUGGCCUCUGCCUCCUGCUCAAUCUGAUCGAGUUGCUGCAUCUGGGCCUGGGUGGCAUGAAGAAGGGUAAAAGCCCCCCUGCCCCACCUCCUCAUUCUAAGCAUCUCCAGCUGGAGCAAAUGCAGAAACAGCUGCAUCUGGUCCAGGAACGCCUGGACUUGGCUUUGCACACCUCUGGCUACAGGGCCUGACUAUUCAGGCCAGUCUCCGUCCUACAGUGUAUAUGCUCAGCAAAACCUACAUAACCAAGGCCAAAGAGAGGUUCCAUUCUCUAACACAGAUCUGUGAAAACUGGAUUUACUAUUGUUUACAGACUUUGAUCUUAACUUGAUUUUGGGAAGACAAGAGAACUUGGAAUCUGAAUUUUGGAAAAGGAGACCUAGAAAUGUAUCUAAAGGAAAUGAUGUUUUGUUUAGUUUUAUUUUUAAUUAGCUAUUUUGUGACUGUCAUCAUAGGUGGUCCCUUCUAUACUUCUCCAGGACCUGAAACCUGUCACAGUCCUCAAACACCACCAGAUAAGUUACUGGGAUAAAUGAGCUAUCUAGGAUAAUAGACCUAGAAAUAAUACUGAGAAUUGGGCCCACAAUGGUUACAGAAGAGUCUGCAGGGAUGGGUUUAGGGGAAGGUGAUUUGGGGCAGUUGCUGGUGCAACUUGUCCUAUAACUGGAUGUCUUUUGGUACUUAAGUCUGUAAGUUUUGUGGGCCAAUAAACAGCUGUUUAUAUUAAAUACUGUGCCUUGCCUUUGUU